CAGAGGAGGUGAACGCGGAGGAAGUCCCCCUACGGUGUCCGGAUGUGGACGUGGCACAGCGCUGCAGCAGUUCCGCUGAAUGUCCGCUCCUGACACCGAGGAGAAACGGGAUUAGUGACAAACAGCCCGGGACGACGUCGGCCGCCGGGUUUCUCAGCUCGCCCCGGACAGAGGAUAGCCUUUACUAUUCACAACACUUCGGGGAUUUAGGGAUGAACUGAGGAGGAUGAAUGUAAACCAGCACACUCCAAUGGCCUCUCCGUAUGGCCAGCCCCAGCCUGGCUACAGCCAUCCUGGCUACGCUCCCCUGGAUGCGGGAUAUCCUGUCCCGUACGCACCCUACAACGGCCCUGCUUCAGCCUACCAGCCUGGGGCUCAACCACAAGAUUAUUCUCCUUUCACAAGCUUUCCCUCUAAGGCUGUGGCAGCCACCCCAGUCUCUGACCUCUCCUCUCCUCUUGACUUAGGUCCUGCCAGGGGUCCUCCCACAUCUGGAGCCCCGCCAGUCUCAGCGCCUCAACAAUAUAAUCAGUACAGUCACAGUCAAGGGGAAAUGCCGAAUGGACCCCCACCUAUGACACAAGCACCAAACAGGCCUCCUGUAUCUCAGCCGUACAGCCAGGGAGCUGUGAACAUGACAGGGUCGCAAUCCAGCUAUCCUCAACACCAUGGGCCUCCACCCACAAUGCAUCAGGUCACCAACCAGAUGACUGGGAUGCAGAUCAACUCUGGACCCCCAACCCCAGCAGGGCCAGGAUAUGUUCCACCUCACUCCUCCCAGCUUCCCAUCAGUACCGCCUACUCUGCCGCACCUUCGCCCGCCUACACACAAGCCCCUCCACCGGCAUCCUCGGCUCCCACCCAGCCACCAACUCCCAGCGGCCCUGCAACUUCUCAGCAAUACUACGGAGGCCCACUGCCUCCUUCUCAACAGCCAUUCAACUCUUCUGUUCCCCCUACCUCUCAACAGCCGUUCACCUCCUCUGCACAGCCCCCUCCUUCCUCUCAACAAAACUUCCCUCCCUCUUCCUUCUCAGGUCCCAUGCCUCCACCAAACCAAGCUCCUGCUCCUCCAGUGUCCCCACCACAGCAGUCCUUCCCCCCAAACCAGCCCCCCUUCUCCUCAGCACCUCCACCCUCCAGCCAGCCUGCCUUCAUCUCUGGUCCGCCUCCCCCUGCCCAGGGCUCCUUCCAACCCAGGGCACCCCCUCCUUCCUCUCAACCUGGACCUUUUCCUCCCCCUGGUCCCCCUCCCACCUCCACUCCCCCCGGCCAAUACCCAGGCCCCAUGCCUCCUCAACAGCAACCCCCUCCAUCCCAGCCAUCACCUUAUCACUCAGGACCGUCUCCUCCCAGAGCUCAGAUGCCUCCAACUUCCAUGGCUCAAAGCAACCACCUGCCUCCAGGACCACAGGGCCCACCGUGCCCUCCUGGGCCCCUGCAGCAGCCUCCAUCUCAGCCUGGUAUGCAGGGUGGAUACCCUCCUCAGCAGAAUGGUGCUUUUGGGCAGGUGAGAGGCCCUCAGCCUGGCUAUGCAGGCCCUUAUCCUGGGCAACCAAACUAUGGAGCCCCUGCACCAGCACCAGCUCCUGCUCCAGCUGCACAGAAAAGACUUGACCCAGAUGCCAUUCCUAGCCCGCAAGCGUCUGACAUGCCGGCUGUGCAGAAAUCAAGACAUAGAAUAGAUCCAGACGCUAUCCCCAGCCCAAUCCAGGUAAUAGAGGAUGACAGGGCUAAGAGCAACGAGCCAUUCACUACAGGGGUCAGAGGUCAGGCCCCACCGCUGGUCACCACCAACUUUCAGGUCAAAGACCAAGGGAAUGCCAGUCCCAGGUUUAUUCGCUGUACAGCGUACAAUAUGCCUUGCACAGCCGACAUGGCCAAGCAGUCUCAAGUGCCACUGGCCGCCGUCAUCAAGCCCCUCGCCACACUGCCACCAGAUGAGACCCCACCGUACCUGGUGGACCAUGGCGAGGGUGGUCCAAUCCGCUGCAACCGCUGCAAGGCCUACAUGUGUCCAUACAUGCAGUUCAUAGAGGGCGGGCGCCGCUUCCAGUGUGGGUUUUGUAGCUGUGUCACAGAGGUGCCUCAACAUUACUUCCAGCAUCUGGACCACACUGGUAAGAGGGUGGACUGCUAUGACAGGCCGGAGCUUUCGCUGGGCAGCUACGAGUUCUUGGCCACUGUCGACUACUGUAAGAACAAUAAGCUCCCUCAGCCUCCAGCCUACAUCUUCCUCAUCGAUGUGUCCUACAACGCUGUGAAGAGCGGCAUGGUCAACAUCGUCUGCCAGGAACUGAAGACCCUUCUCGACUACCUGCCCAGGGAGAACCCAGAAACGGAUUCUGUGGUGCGGGUGGGUUUCGUCACCUACAACAAGGUUUUGCACUUCUACAAUGUCAAGUCGAGCCUGGCCCAGCCACAGAUGUUGGUGGUGUCGGAUGUGUCGGACAUGUUUGUGCCCCUGCUCGAUGGUUUCCUGGUCAACGUAAACGAAAGCCGGCUAGUUAUCGAGAGUUUACUGGACCAGAUCCCAGAGAUGUUUGCAGACACCAGGGAGACGGAGACGGUCUUUGGACCUGUAAUCCAGGCAGGACUGGAGGCACUGAAGGCUGCAGAUUGUGCUGGGAAGCUGUUUGUGUUCCACACCUCUCUGCCAAUCGCAGAGGCUCCUGGAAAAUUAAAGAACAGAGAAGACAAGAAGCUGAUUGGGACAGAUAAGGAGAAGUCUCUGUUUCAGCCCCAGGCCGGCUUCUACAACACCCUCGCUAAGGAGUGUGUGGCCCAGGGCUGCUGCGUAGAUCUCUUCCUCUUCCCGAACCAGUUUGUGGAUGUUGCCACGUUAGCAGUGGUUCCCGUCUCCACCGGAGGUUCAGUCUACAAAUACACUUACUUCCAGGCUCCAUCUGAUCAAGAACGAUUCCUGAAUGACCUCAGACGAGAUGUUCAGAAACUAGUAGGGUUUGAUGCCGUCAUGAGGGUGCGAACCAGCACAGGUAUCAGAGCGACAGACUUCUACGGCUCCUUCUUCAUGAGUAAUACCACAGAUGUGGAGCUGGCAGGCCUGGACUGUGACAAGGCCGUCACUGUCGAGUUCAAACACGAUGACAAGCUCAGCGAGGAGACAGGGGCACUCAUGCAGUGUGCCGUGCUGUACACCAGCUGCAGCGGACAGAGGCGCCUCCGCGUCCACAACAUGGCUGUCAACUGUUGCUCUCAGCUGGCUGACCUCUACCGCAACUGUGAGACAGACACAAUCAUCAACUUCUUCUCCAAAUAUGCUUUCCGGGGCGUCCUGACCAACCAAACUAAGGCGGUGAGAGACACUCUGGUCAAUCAGUGUGCUCAGAUUCUGGCCUGCUACCGGAAGAACUGUGCAAGCCCGUCAUCGGCUGGUCAGCUGAUCCUCCCAGAGUGCAUGAAGCUGUUACCCGUCUAUCUGAACUGCGUGCUGAAGAGCGACGUGCUGCUGCCGGGAGCCGACGUCUCGUUGGACGACCGAGCUUACCUGAGGCAGCUGAUCAGCGGCAUGGACGUCUCAGAGACCCACGUCUUUUUCUACCCCCGCCUACUGCCACUGAUUAAGCUUGAAAGCGGGUCGUUGCCGAUGGCAGUGAGGGACUCGGAGGAGAGGCUGUCGAAAGGAGGAGUAUACAUCCUGGAGACGGGGCUCCACCUCUUCCUGUGGGUGGGAGCCAGCGUUCAGCAGGAGCUGCUGCUCAACAUCUUUGGCACGCCGAGCUUCAGCCAGAUCGACCCGAGCAUGGCAAAUCUACCAGAGCUGGACAACCCGUUCUCUCAGAGACUCCGAGAAAUUGUUGACUCCUUCAGAGCACAGCGACCACGAUACAUGAAGCUGAUGGUGGUGAAACAGGAAGACAAAGCCGAGCUGAUAUUCAGGCACUUCCUGGUCGAGGACAAGAGCGCCAGCGGGGGAGCGUCAUACGUGGACUUCUUGUGUCACAUGCACAAGGAGAUCCGCCAGCUUCUCAGCUAGGCGCCCCCUCCCCCCACUCAGAGUUUCCCUUUGUUCACCCGUAUGACCCCCGACCACCGCUGACCCAACCCACCUGGUUCACCACUCCUCAUGAAAGAAAGAAAGCGCUUUAUCAUCUUUUUUUUUUUUAAGCCUAACAAACUAAAGCUCUCGUUGCUGUUUGCCACAGACCAGCUGGCGGAUCUCAUCAUGUGAGGGUGUGUGUGAGUGUGUGUGUGUGUGUGUGUGUGUGCGUGCGCGUGUGGGGGAAGAGAGAGAGAGAGAGAGAGAGGAGUGGAUGUGAUGUCAAUAGAGGUUUUCUCUGCCUGUAAUCUACUGCCCUAUCACAGCAGGAGCAGAAUAAGUGAGGAGGGAGGGUAAUGUAUAUACACAAGUGAACAAUUACAUGUAUGCAACAGAUUAAAUGAGCGAUGGAGGGGGCUGAUGUUGACGUAGUCGGUGUACUGUCUUAUUAUUAGCACUGAAAGGCUGUUUUGGGUGCAUAAAUGACCCUUAGAUAGCAAACACUUUUUAUAUGAUUGAAUCCAAAUAGAGUGAAGGACAUCUACAUACAAGACAUAAAUGGAAUUACAUAUUAAAUGCUGUUCUUUCUGUCUCUUCUCCCAUUUAAUCAUGGCCUUAGUACCCCCUUCCCAUGCUCCUCCAAUCAUGUUUGUUUGUUUCCAGAUGUGAGGAUUAGUUGACCGCUGCCCGAUUCUUAUUUCCCGAUGUGGCUCUAGGUUCAAGUGUGAAUUUAAGCACCUAGAUGAACAGCUGGCAAGUUUUCACCUGCAUUUAGAAUAUAAUCUGCUCUGUGUCGACAGAUCUACUGAAAAAUAUGGUGCGCUGAAAACACAGUCAUUACGGUAAUUCGUAUCAUGCAGAUUUGUUUGAUAUCGGCCUCAGUUGAGUUUUCUUUGUCGGCAUGAACAUCUGCCCCCUGUUUACUCACGGGCAAACCAGAUGUGUAUUUCAAAUCACUGUCAUGAUUCUGUUGGGGGAGUUUUAAGUCUAUGCAGCACUGGGAAAGGUCAGAGAUGGAAUAAAGGACAAAAGACUAAAUGAGAGGGAAAAAAAUGAGGAUGUGAAGUUUUGAUCUCAGCAUGACGGCGAUGGAGAAUCCUCUGACUGAGGAUAAUACUGUCUGUUGAUGGUAUGUAGUGCGGCAGACUCUAUAUUAAUGAAGAGUUUUGAUGUCCUAAAAUGUAUAGAAAUGCAUUUUCAAGCCGACAGAAAUAAACAGAGGGAAGGCUGAUAAACAGACAUGAGUUCAUGUUUGCAAACUUUGAGUUGUCUCCGCACUGACUGAGUUCAGUGUGUAAAUAAAAUAUAUAAUCUGUACAGAAUUAAUAAGAAAAUAACAAUUUUAAAGACCUGCCUGAGCAGCUGUGGUUUGUUGAUGGUUGGUUUCUCUGUCACAAAAAUGGCCUAAAUUUAAAAUCAUGGCUUUUACCGGAGAAAUAAAGACUGGCUUUGUGAUCUGUGUGUGUGUGUGUGAGGGAGAGAGAGUGUGUGUGAGUGAGUGAAUGCAGGGUCGGUCCUGGUGAAUUUCUUCUGAGGAACAGAGGGAUCAGCCAACACACACACACAUUCUACCCAUGAGAUUUAUUUCAGUGUUCUUCAUUUAUCACUUUCCGUUCUAAUUUUUUUUCUUUUACUUUGACUUUCGUGUUCAUUUGGUGUGUGUGUGUCGCCCUCUGUUCCAUCUUUACGUUCACGGAGUUCGACCCAUUGUCUCGACUGUAAUCUUAAUUUCUUCUCCUUUUCUUUUUUCUUUGAUUUGUUUUUUUCAUUGCCUCUUGGGACUGCUAAUAAAAUGAGGUUAAAACGAAACUCCA